AUGGCCGAAAAGGAGAGCUACAAGGACAUCAAGGACAUCAAGGCCGCCGAGAAUGGCCUCGAGCCGACAAAGUCCCUCAUGGCAGGGGAGGUCGAGCUCCUCGACGAGUCGGCGGCGUUUCUCCAGGAGAACAACAUCACUGAGGAGUACCUCGCCGAGCUCGUCAACGACAAGGAGAAGAACCGCCGGUUGGUCCGAAAGAUUGACCUGACGAUUCUGCCUCUGCUCGCCGGCACCUACGUCCUGCAGUACAUUGACAAGCAGGCGCUGUCGUACGCGGCCGUCUUUGACUUGUUCACCAGCACGGGCGUCUCGCAGACGCAGUACUCGUGGUUCGCGAGUAUCUUUUACCUGGCGUACCUGGUGGCCGAGUACCCCUGGGUCUACGUUGCGCAGAAGACGCGCAUGGGCAAGGUCGUGGCGGGAUGUGUACUAUCGUGGGGCGCCGUGUUGAUGCUCACGGCGGCGUGCUCAAACUUUGCGGGCCUCGCCGUGUGUCGAUUCCUUCUUGGCGUUUUCGAGGCGCCCAUCACCACCUGCUUCAUGAUGAUGGUAUCCAUGUGGUACGUCCGUGCGGAACAGCCCUUCAGAGCCGGUAUCUUUUACUGCUGCAACGGUGUGGGCUCCAUGCUCGGCGGCAUCCUCAGCUACGCCAUCGGCCAGAUCGACGGGUUCCCCGUGUGGAAGGCUGUCUUCAUCAUCUGCGGCGGCAUCACCGUCAUCUGGGGCGGCGUUCUCUUCGUCUUUUUGCCGGACAGCAUCCUGAGCGCAAAGCGGUUCUCUCUCGAGGAGAGAGCCCUUCUCGUCGGCCGUGCCCGUCUGGCCAAGACCGGCGUCCUCAACAAGACGAUCAAGUGGUACCAGGUCAAGGAGGCGUGCCUCGACCCCCAGGUGUGGCUGCUGACCCUCUUCGUCCUGCUGAACGAGACCAUCAACGGCGGCGUGGCCAACUUUGGCAAGCUCAUCAUCAAGGGCCUUGUCACGGAUCCGCUGCUCACGACGGCGCUGGGCAUCCCCCAGGGCGCGUUCCAGGUGUUUUGGAUCCUUACGGGAACCUACACCGCGACCAGGUUCCGCAACCAGCGCACGGCCGUCAUGGCCGUGUGGAUGAUCCCCACUAUCAUCGGCUGCUGCAUGAUCUGGAAGCUCGACCACACUCACUACAAGGUCGGCGUCCUGUUCGGGUACUACAUGAUCGGCUGCUACGUCGCGUCCCUGGUGCUUGCUCUGCAGAUGCCGGCGACGAACCUGGGCGGCUACACCAAGCGCAUCACGGCCUCGGCCGUCGUCUUCACGGCGUACUGCGUGGGCAACAUCAUCGGACCGCACGCGUUCCUGGCAAAGGAGGCGCCGCUGUACCAGACCGGGUGCAAGCUUAUCCUGGCGUGCUCGGCUGCGCAGAUGGCCAUCGCCAUCUCCCUGCGCUUGAUGCUGAUACGCCGCAACAAGACAAGGGACGCGGCGGCGGCUGCGGCGGGACGCGCCCCGGAUGCCGAGCACGACGACGAGAAUGUCGAUCUGACCGAUAUGGAGAAUCCCAACUUCCGCUACGUACUCUGA